GCUGAGUGCCGGCUGAUGCGAAGUGGCUUCCUGAGCUUCGGGCUGUUGCGAAAUCUGGCUGGGAGCGGGGGGCGGCUCGGGGCGCGGGGCCUCCGAGACGGAGCGGCCAUGGCGGCGGGGGAGAGCAUGGCGCAGAGGAUGGUCUGGGUGGACCUGGAGAUGACGGGAUUGGACAUAGAGAAGGACCAGAUCAUUGAGAUGGCCUGUCUCAUAACAGACUCUGACCUCAACAUUUUGGCUGAAGGUCCUAACCUGAUUAUAAAUCAGCCAGAUGAGUUGCUGGACAGCAUGUCAGAAUGGUGUAAGGAACAUCAUGGGAAGUCUGGUCUUACCAAAGCAGUGAAGGAGAGUACAAUUACACUGCAGCAGGCAGAGUAUGAAUUUCUGUCCUUUGUACGACAGCAGACUCCUCCGGGGCUCUGUCCACUUGCAGGAAAUUCAGUUCAUGCAGAUAAGAAGUUUCUUGACAAAUACAUGCCCCAGUUCAUGAAACAUCUUCAUUAUAGGAUAAUUGAUGUGAGCACUGUUAAAGAACUGUGCAGACGCUGGUAUCCAGAAGAAUAUGAAUUUGUACCAAAGAAGGCUGCUUCUCACAGGGCAUUGGAUGACAUCAGCGAAAGCAUUAAGGAACUUCAGUUUUAUCGGAAUAAUAUCUUCAAGAGAAAAACAGAUGAAAAGAAGAGGAAAAUUAUAGAAAAUGGAGAAAAUGAGAAGACUGUGAGUUGAUGAUGUGUCUCAUGCUGCCACAUUACUCCCUGGAUAUGACUUCUGGGGGAUUUUUGUUCACCCUAAUUGUUUGGGAAAGCAUCCCCUUUCAUUUACCUUGCAUCUUCAGAUAGUUCAAUCAGACUGAGUCUGAAAUACAGUUUUUCUAAGUUAGGGCUGUGAAUCUGUCAUUUAAAUCUCAGCAGCUCUUUUGUUUCUAGGUACCAGGUCACUUACUCCUCUUGGUACACAUCUGCAUCUGCUUUUAGACCAAAACACUUUUCUUUUGUUAAAAAAUAAAACUAGUUCAAUUAAAAAGCAAGCUUUUUUUGUACCUUCUAUUCCUUUACAGUGGUUCAAGUAAGAUGCUUUCCCCCCCAUUAAAUGUUAUACUACCUUGUAUUUAAUGUGUCUUUCAAAAACAUUUGCAAUGAAACAAGUUAAAAGGGCUGUCACAGACUUGUUCUGUAUUGCAUUAUGGGAGAAAGUUAUCAAGAUGCAGGUUUUUGUUCAACCCAAAGGACUGCCUUGGGAGAGGGUAUAGUACUGGAGGUAUUUAAGUAAAAGUUGGAUGGCCCUCUGUUAGGGAUAGUGUAAAAGGGUUUCUUGUCUGAGUUAUUAGGUUGAACUGAAUGAUACAUAAAGUUUCUUCCAACUUAGUUCUGUUUUUCUAUGAUUCUCUGAAAAUAGCACUUUGAUCACUUACUGUAAUAAGGAUAGAUAUAUACAGAAAGAGUACAAGACUGGAAGUCAGGUCAACCAAAGUCUGUUACCAGGUCUGCUCUUAACUGUGAUCUUGACUUUAGACAUCUCACUUAACCUCCUUAUGCCUCAGUUUCUCAUGUGACAUAAAAAUCCCUGCCUUCCAGGAGCGUUGUGAGACGAAAGGUGAGAAAAGUACUUUGCUCUCAGGAAGAAAGGUGUUGCAUAAGUAAUGUGUUAUGCCUACCUAUCUCAUAGGAUGAUUGUGAAGACCAAAUGAAAUGAUUAUGUCAACUGCUUUGUAAACCUUAAGUUGCCAUGUAUCUGUCUUAUUACUGUUACUACUAUUACAAAUCUAAGUGUAGUACUACCCUUCCCACAUACUCAAAUCAAUUCAUAGAUGAAUGUAUGCCUUUGACUUACUAUUUAAUUUUUCUUAAAACCUAAACUUACUAUGUUUAGAUUAAAUACCACAUUUUGAAUGAUAAUCUUGAGUAGUUUAGCCUGCUAGUCUUAGCUUUAUUAUGUCGUGGAGUUCACCAUGACUCCCUAAUGGGGCAUAUGUUCUUAGAGGAGUCUGAGAAAGCAAGAUUUGUACUAUGGUAGGGUAGGGUGAAGUCAGCAUGAUGGUUCAGUGAUUAAUUCGUAUUUUAUCAGGCUGCUUAAAUAGAAAGCAUUCUGUUUUGGAGUGUUACCAUUAGUGAUUUCACAGGAGACUCCCCUGAAACUAUGGAGUGGCUCCUCUGAAAUGAACUACAAUGCAAAUCUGUUUGAUUAUGCCCAUGUCCUUAAACAGUAUCACUGUGUCUGCACAGAGGGUACUUGCCAUUUGGUCCUUUACUUGCUUGCACUAAAUUACCCCACAUGUUGCAAACUUAACGCUAUCCAAGUACAUUUUCCUGCAUUAAUUCAGGAAGGGAACAGGAUGGUGCUUUGGGAAUCAGCAGUCAUUACUGUUUUCAUGCCUGUGAGAAACACCUUUCCUAUAGCAACUGAUAUUAUCAGUAAAAAUGAUUGAGUAGAAAUAGCUUCUUUUACCUUGUGCUAGUGUGAUAGCAAGCUAGUUACUGUUUCUGUUAUAUGAGGACUGCUGUUGUUUACAUAGUCUUUGGAAAAACAAAUGAAGACCAAUAAUGAUGUUAAACUAGUACUUUUGUAAUUAAGUGAAAUUCAGUCAAAGCCAUAUUUUGCUUGCUUAAUGACAGGAUGAAUGUUCCAGGUAUCUGCAAAUGUGUUUCUAUUGUUUGGAAACUUUAAUAAACAGAAGGUGCCAAACAAGUUAAA